CUGGCAGCCCUUGCCUCUACCUCUCUUGCCCGCCCUGAGGGCCAUGAGAGACGUCAGGCCUCCACCACUACCUCGGCUGCCUCUUCCACCUCUUCUACCUCCUCUUCCUCCGCCGGUGCCGGCUUCGGUGCUAAGACCUCCAACUCCGGCUCCGGAAUCACCUACCAGGGCAACGUCGGUGACCCCUACGGUAGCAACAUCAUCGAGAUCUCCUCCGAUGAGGCCGCGAACUACAAGCACGUCGCCCAGAUCUCCGGUGAGAACAGCGAGCCCUGGGACCUCGUCUUCUUCAACAAGUACGGCCCCGACGGACAGAUGAACGGCUGGUUCGGCUACUCCGCCAUCAAGCUUACCCUCAACUCCGGCGAGACCAAGUACGUUGCUUUCGACGACGACACCAACGGCGGUUUCGCUGCCGCCCCCAGCGGUAGCAUGCCUCUUGAUGCUUCCGGCGGCUACGCCUCUACCUGGGGUGAGUUCGACUUCAGCAGCACCGGCAAUGGCGGCUGGUCCGGCUUCGAUGUCUCCGCCAUUGUUGCCCAGAAUGCUGGCCUGACUGUCCAGGGUAUGAAGAUCUGCGAGCAGGGCAGCGGCACCUGCUCCAGCAUCUCGCCCGACGCUGCUUCCGUCGAUAACGCCUACACCACUGCCGAGACUGAUGUCGGUGGCAUUGGCGGCAACAUCUCUGGGGAUGGUAACGUCGUGCUUGAAGUUACCGUCGACUGGCAAGGCUAA